UUAAUUUUUAUCAGAGAACUGUCGAUUUUCAGACAAUAACAAACACUUACACUGCCUUUUAUCUCCGUUUAUAGAAUAGUAACAGUUUAAAAUGUAUUUGGAUCUAGAUCUAUUUGCACUGCGCAGCAUUCACACAGGCCUUUAAACAUCGCUUUGUAGAGUCUAGAUCUAUAGAUUUAUUUUGGCAUAGACAUAAUAUUUUUCUCUGAAAUGGCAUCUAAACUAGAGUCAAAAAGUACCAGUGGCAGUACCGGCGUCUUGCAGUCGUAUUUCCAGCCGCUGGGUUACACUGAAACUCAGGAAAGAAGACUUCUUAGAAACAAAGAUGAAGAUUUUGAGAAGUGGCGAAAGUGUCUUAAAUGCCACAAUCCUCUAGAGAAACCUAGGGCGCUACCAUGUUUACACACAAUAUGCUUACAUUGCUUAAAAAUUCAUUAUCGAACCAUUAAAUUACAGGUUGCUGCACAUGAACGAGAAACACCAAACAGAUAUAACUUCUUCAGUUGGGGAUGCUUAUUCCCUUGUCCCAUUUGCAACUAUCCAUGUUACAUGCUGGCCGACAGCGUCAUCAUUUUACCCAUCAACAAGCGACUCCUCAAGUUGACCUUCAAAGAAAGGCUGCAUCGAUUCAUUGGUUUGAAGUACAGCACCCAACAAGCAGGCAUUGAGAAGACCCUUUUAAAAACACCUAUCAAUGUAUUGGUUCACAGAGAGAUCAGUAAAUAUUUCACUGCGCCAAGUAGCAAACAAUUUGUUAGUUUACCAACAGACUCAACAAUCAGUGCUACAACAACCAGCUUGGUGACUUCUGGGAAACAAGAUUUGAACAAGAAUGAGAACAGCACGGAGAGAAGCCCCAAUGUCUCCCAGCAGGACCAGAGAGAAUCCAGCCAGUCGCAUGUCACAUUCUCUCUAAGUCACUCGGCCUCUGACAUUUACGAAUCUGCGAGUGAAGAUUCAGCUGAUAAGGUUGCCGAUAUGACAGCACUGUUACAGACGCACUGGAACCAAGUCAUUCAAGAGUUCACUGGCAACUUUGAAGCCAUUGAAACCGAAGAUGAUUGCCCUUUGCCAGGAGAGCAAGAACCUGAACUGCUUUUAGAGUAUGAUCUCAGGUACGGAGAUGAAAACCUGGAAGUCAGACAUCCCAAUGCCAUUGCAGUCAACCCCCACACUGGUCACUUGGUCGUAGUGGACACCACCUGGAACAAGGCUGUCCUCUACAAGAUGCAUUCCAAGCCUUAUGGGUACAAAAAGUUUGAGCACCCAAUCGUUGAUGUUUGCUUUUACCCUCCGUCUAAAGAUCACGAGGAGCGUUUUUGCGCUAUGGGGCGUCGGGCUGAUAUCAAAGGAAUCAUGGUGUAUACUGCUCUCUUCAACAAAAACCCCCUUGACUUUCAGUGUAUGUAUCAAAAGAACCUAAGAGAUGUCAGUGGAAUUUUGGUUAUAGAGCCUGAAGUUUUGUUCUUGGCUUUGCCCUAUGCCAAUUCUGUGAUAAGAAGCAUCAACGAGCACCAGUUCAUUGACCUAGCUACCCGAUCUCAACAUGGACUUUACUACCCGACACACAUUGUUCACACUCAGGUGGGGGAAGUGGUUGUCGCUGAUACUGGCAACCACAGGAUUGCUGUCUUCUAUGGCCCGCAGUACAUGGCUUUUGAUUUUUACGGAGAAUUAGGCAGUGACUUUGGAAAGUUUUUCUACCCUUUGGGCUUAGCCACAGACAAGCAGCGGCACCUGUACGUGUGUGACUCCAAUAACUAUCGUGUACAGGUGUUUGAUAGCAGCUUCAGAUUUCAAAGCUGUCCAAUUAGACGGACAUUUCUGAUGUCUCCAUCUGUUUCCCAGGAUGUGAAGCCGGUGGAUUGUGCUGUCAACAAUAAACAAAAGUUGCUGGUCCUGUUUCGUGGUCGAGGUUUCAUUUCACUACAGAUGUAUAACUACUUUGAGCCUUUGUUAAAGCACGCUGUGGAAAAUGAAGUCCAAUCAUCCUUACCUGAACAGCGCUUUUGCUGGAAUUGUUUUCUGUGCUGCGCCUGUUCCUGUGAUAGAGGCAGGCCUGACCGAACCACCUAUGAGGUCAUCAACUGAUUCUAAUGACUUAGCUGUUGUUUUUCAAAACCUGUGCUACUGGUUCAAAUUAUUGUUUGCAUUUAAGCUUUUGUGAGCUCAUCUACGGACUCCAUCUUUAUCACUUUCCACGCUCAUAAUUAAUUUUUUACUUGGCUCCAAAGUUAACAUUAUUUAAAAAAAAAAUAAUGUCAUGUACAGAUACUAAACCUUAACUUUGAAACCUUAUUAGUUGAUAGAAUACUUGUACCAUGGCUAAGUAGUUGUGCACUUUGGAUUGUCAAGAGUACAGUCCAAAGGUCAAAUAGUUUUCAUUCCAGGCCUUGCUUACAUAUUUAGCUGGUCUACCUUAUAGUCUUCUUCCAGUGUUUUUUUUUUUUUAAUUCUAGUUUAAAACCAUUAAUUCUCAGCAUACUCUAAAUUGUAGACCUCUUAAAUCUCAAUGAAAUGCAGAAAAUAUCACACCAAAAAAAAAAAUCAAUAAAAAUCUGUCCCCUAAGAUAAUAUAAUUAGUCCAACGGCAAUAAACUCAGAAUUGAUUACUUUAUAUAACAGUCUAAAAACGUAGUGUCUUUAUAUAUAAAUCUUAAACUGUAUACACAUGACAAAGUGCUCAAACUACAAUUUUCAAAAUAUCAAUUUGGUCUUGGAUCAAGGCCUGGAUACAAUUUUAGAAUACUGCAUACUCAUGUCUAAAUCACUGCUUUCAUUUUCAUCACUAACAUUUCCUAUUAAAUAAAGAUAAAAAUCUCACUUUAUAUCAUUUAAGUCCUUCAAUAAUUAAUUAUCUAGACAUGACAACCCAAUGCCACAAUUUAGAGAUAUUGCUGAAAUUGAAAGCCAAUCACUUAACUGAAUUUAAAAAAAAAAUAAUUCUGCCAUUGUUUUUCAAAAGUAAAUUUAUAGGAUGCUCCCUUGGCCUCUCUUAGUGACCUAACUAGCAAGAUUUUAAUUUCAUUGGCUAUUAAUAUAUAUAUAUAGCAGUGAGUUUGUAGACCAAGUGCUGAAUGUCCCUUUUUGGGCGUAAUGGGACUUUAGGUUGCUAUGGUGCUGAAUGGAUUAAGGAUUGUUUGAAGAUUAUAAAAACUCAUUGUGACUAGAGAUUGAUUAUUCAACACAUGCUUACCCAAUAGCUUUAAAGUUAAAAUUGACUGUUAUUUAAUAAUAUUCAUGUUUAAAAUUGUAUACCUUCUUUAAAGUGCCUAGUAUAUUUUCAGAAAUGAAUACAAACAAAUAUUAAGUUAUAUAUUUAUGUAACAAAUAUUUAUGAUCACAUCAAUUAUUAUUUUACUAUUUCGUUGAUUUGUCAUUUUUGUUGGAAACUUUAUUUCUUGUUUAGUUUCACUUUUCAAAGAAAGAUUUGAACUGAAUGUCUGAGUUCUAAUACAUAAAUUGAAUGUCUCUUGUCUUUUGUUAUGUCUUUGUUAUUCACAAAUGCCAACGUUGUUAAUUCAAAGAAUCAGUAUUGUGCUGACAUUUUUUGUCCAAAUCUGCUAAAACUAUCUUGCUUUGAAGCCCUUUUGAAACUUUUGCCAUCUUUUUGAGUCAUUUCAAUGUGAUCCCUUUUUAUGAGACCACAUUAAGUAAAAUGAUACAAGAGUUGUCUAACAUUGAAUAGACUCUUAGAUGUUCUCUUGAACAGCAUUAACAUGUCCUUCUCCAUUACUGUACAUUGUAUUGAAUUGAAUUGAACAGCAUUAAUAUAUAAUGUUCUUGUAAAUCAACAUUGCACACUUUGACAUACAGAUUUUACUGUGACAUUUUUGUUUUCUGUACAAUUUGAUUAAAAAAAAUAUUUAUAUAAUAUAAAUACAUAAGGCCUUAUUGCUUUCAUCUUUGGACUUGAAGAACAAUCCUUAUAUUGCAUUAAGGCAGUGUUUCCCAAACUGUGUUUUGCAGAACCCUAGUGUUCCAUGAGGCCUGAAUAGGUCUUCCAUGAACUUCUGGAAUAAUUAACUAGUAUCUGUAAAAAGUAAGCAAAUACUUAAUACUCAGAAUGUGCGAAGUGUUCUGUUAAGGAAAUAGUUUGGGAAACAUGGCUUUAAGGAAUACUCAUCAAAUAUGUUUGCCUCUUAUGUUGACUGAUAUAGUCACUCACACUUUGAUGUAUUUUUUUUUUAACUCUUGCCCAUCAGAUGAUGAAAUAUAUUUCAUCCUAGCAUGGGAAUGCUGUGAAUAACUAAACGAGUUUGUAAUUACUAGCAAACAAAUUUAUUAUUUGUUAAAUUUUUCCCUAUACAUAGUGUAAGAUAUUCCCCAUUUAAAAAUCAAUCAUAAACAAUCAAACAAAAAAAUAAUAACAUCUACGUGAUUCUAGCUUUGCAGAAUUUCUUUUUCCUCCACCUUUUCAUGAUAAAACUUGUGAGUGUUUGGAAUGUAUUACAAAGAACUGAGCAAUUGAUUUUAAGUUUGUCUGAUGCACUACAGACUUUAAAGUAAAGAAUGUCCUUAGCUGGCAGACGACAAGGGCAGUUCUAGUGUAAAAAGGGAGACCAUCACAGUUUUAUUGUGUGAUCUUGUGUAAACAUAAUGUUUAUAUUUUGUUACUGUACAUGAUUGGUUCAAUGACUUAAAGUAGCACUGCUAACACAUUAGUAUUGACUUUGAUACAUUUCAACGUUGACACACAGUACAGAUUUUGAUCUGUUGAUGAAGUAUAUUUAUAAAAGGAAUUCUUAUUCCAAUUUCAAACACACAUUCCAGGCAAUGUCAUUUCUAAGUGUGAUUGAAUAAUAAAUAUAUUGAGGACAUCGUUUCAUUUUCAAAUUACUCAUUUUGACCUGUGUUAUCUUUACAACACAAAUCUAACAUAUUUUUGAUGUUAAGAAAAUAUCUAUAUUUUUUUAUAAACACUCAUUUUUGUUUCAUUUUUUUUUGAAGAAAUUUGAAAUGUUUCCUUAGAUUUGAUUUUUCUUUUAUAAAUAAAUGUAUUAUCAGAUGUUUUAGUGUGGUCACAUUGUCCUCUUACAAUAGAUUGUAUGUGAUAAAAUAGUCAGAAUAUCAGCAAAACUUGUUUCUAGCUAGAAUCAAAUGUGCAGGUCCCUUGUCAAGAAAUUUUUUUUUUUUAUAUAAACUGUCAUCUUUAUUGUUUCUCCAUUGCUGUGAAGAAACAAUUUUCUUAUCAAAUAUUUCUUUCUCUCUCCUUAAUAAAUAUUUGUGCAAUAAAACUUUUUUUUUCUUCUUAGAUAAACUGUACUUGACUGAAUAGUCAUCAAAGCACAUUUAUAGUCUGGAAGUGUAAAGAAAUGUACAGCGUACAAAAAGCAUGUGUAAAAAAAAAAUAUAUAUAUAUUUUAUUUUUUCAUCCUUUUGUAUUUUCAUUUAUUAGACACUAAAAAAAAACAACAGCAACAAAACUAAUAACUAUGACGCUUUAAAUAAGAAAAUGAGAUGAGAAUAAGUUUCAGGAGUAUUCAAUGCAGUAUUGUCUUAAGAUGAAAACUUCUUGUUUUGUUUCUGUUGUGUGAUUUUUCCUUGGGACAACUGCCGUGACCUCAUUCAUAAUUGACUGUGUUAAUCAGAUCAUUUUAGAAUUGCUCAAUGUAGAAAUUACAACCAGAAAAAACAAGCACCUUAUGUUUGACACUUUUUGUCACCAAGGAUUUGUUAUGUUUUAAUUGUUGAAUGAGUUUCAUACUAGUCUACCUCCAUAGAAUAAUAGAUGAACUAUCGAGACAUUAAUUCAAUGAUGCAUGAAAUAUAUAUAUAUAUUUAUACAAUGAUAGAUGAACUAUAGAUACAUUCAUACAAUGAUGGAGGAACUAUAGAGAUACAUUUAUACAAUAAUAGAUGAACUAUAGAUACAUUUAUACAAUGAUAGAUGAACUAUAGAUACAUGUAUACAAUGAUGGAUGAACUAUAGAUACAUUUAUAUAAUGAUGGAUGAACUAUAGAUACAUUCAUACAAUGAUAGAUGAACUAUAGAUACAUUAAUGCAAUAAUGGUUGAACUAUAGAUACAUUUAUACAAUGAUGGUUGAACUAUAGAUACAUUUAUACAAUGAUGGAUGAACUAUAGAGAUACAUUUAUAUCAACUAUAGAUAGAGAUAAAGAUAAACAGUUCUACCAGUGAGCACAAAUUUGUCAUUGUGAUGUUGAGGUCUGUCAACAUGCUGCACAAAGUGAUCUUUUUUUUAAUGUAACCUUUUUUUUCUUUUAUCAUUGCAUGCUGUUUUUUUUUGUUUUGUUUAUUUCUAAGUUUCAAGUAUUUAUCAUUCCUAAUUUUUUAUACUUUAAAGAAAAUGUUUUUGUGGUUCAUUUAAAAAAAAAAAAAGAAGUUUAAAAAAUAUAUAUUUCUGUGAUAAAUAUAAAACAAACAAAUUUUCCCAUUGGAAUAAGAACUAGACUUAUAUUUUGAAUGGAAAUAUACUUUUAUUUAAAAAAAAAAUUAUUUAAUGUUAAGGAUAUUUUGUUAUUUUGUGUGUGUAUGUGUGUUAUUAUAUCAGUUAUUACUUAAAGGAUACAGUUAUACAGAAUAUCAUUUUGUUUCAGGUAAGAUUCCUAUUCUGAGUUUUUGUUAUGUUUAUAGCUCUUGCACUAUAUGGGUACUGUAAAAGAUAUAUUAUAGACUGUGAAUGGAUCUGUUUAAUAAUAAAAACUUGUUUCAAUA